AACAUGGAGGUUGUUAGGACAUCGGUCGAGCUGUGGUGAGUGAUGGUAAAGGGCCCAUACAGUCCUGGACCGGCUCUAGAUCCUUGUUAAAUGUAGUCUCUGUAAUUUAGUUAUUCUUUUGUUUUACGGUGGUCCAUGGAAGGAAAUAUUUUCUCCAAUAAAAGAAAAAAAAAACUCAACAUCAAUUUUUAACAAUUCCUGAAUCAGCACCAAAAACAAACAAAAGAAUGUAAGGUUUAUUUAGAUGUUUUCUUCUCACUUUACUUUCUCAUCUGGUCGCUGGCUAAAGGAAAAGAAUUUCAACCGGAAGAUGAUGCUCUCUGUUGAGGUUACCUUGACGAUGCUGGUAACAGCCACUCAUUGAUGUAAGCAGCGCCGAGGCUUAAAUGAGCUUCGUUCAGGAGGAGCGCCUCUUAGUUCUGACGCGGACUGAACCCAGAAAGCGUCUCUCCGCCUGCUUCUAGUUUUUUUUUUUUUUCCUUUGUCUCUAUCACUCCUUUAUCCGUGUGCGUCUUUUGGAUAGCAGCCUUUCUGUGCGCACCAGUCGUGCUUCUUCGUCUCAUGUCUUCAGUGCGCUCCAUCUGAAAGCGGAUCGGACCGUGAGGAUGCCCAGCGCAAGGUUCAGCAUCACAGCCAAACGGAGCGGGAUUUCCAGCUGAAGAGGAGCUCGUUACUUCCAGCUGCCAGUUUUAGCGCGCCUCUCUGUGAUGGAUUUACUGCUGCUGUUGCUGGAAAGUUGGAUUUCGUGAAUCCCCCCGUGGAUCCGUUUACAAUGCACAGAUCAGGAGAACAUUUUUAGAAAGGCGCUUUGGAAAUCCACCGUGAGAAGAAAUGCACAGAGCGUGGAUACUCUUCUUUCUAAUAAAGGAGGGCUUUGCUCUGGCACAGAGAACUAAAGAUUCCCCAGGCAACCCUGGUGGCCAGGGCCCCAACCAAAAUGACUGCGGCACAUGGGUCCGCAACAUCAAUGGCGGGGUGUUCAUGUCACCAAACUACCCCAACACAUACCCGCCCAACAAGGAAUGUGUUUACAUCCUAGAAGCUCUCCCCCGACAAAGGAUCCAACUGGCUUUCGACAAGAACUACUACAUUGAGCCGUCAUUCGAAUGCCGCUUUGAUCACAUCGAAAUACGUGACGGGCCGUUUGGCUUUUCUCCACUCAUCGAUCGCUUCUGUGGAGGAAAAAACCCUGGGCUUGUCACCUCCACCGGGCGCUUCAUGUGGAUCAAGUUCACCAGCGAUGAGGAGCUGGAGGGCCUCGGCUUCCGCAUUAAGUACACCUUCAUCGCAGACCCUGAUUUCCAUCUGCACGUGGGCGGACUGCUGAACCCCAUCCCAGACUGCCAGUUUGAGAUCGGGGGAUGGGAUGGGAUUAUUCGCUCCAGUCAGGUGGAGGAGGAAGAGCGAGUUAAGCCUGGUGAUGCUCUGGACUGUAUCUGGACCAUCAGGGCUCCCCCUCAGUCUAAGAUUUACCUGCGCUUCAUGGAUUACCAGAUGGAACACUCAAAUGAGUGCAAGAAGAACUUUGUGGCCGUGUACGAUGGUAGCAGCGCCAUAGAGAAUCUUAAGGCCAAGUUCUGCAGCACCGUGGCCAACGACUUGAUGCUGGACAAUGGCGUGGGUGUCAUCCGGAUGUGGGCUGAUGAGAAAAGCAGACUGAGUCGCUUCCGCAUGCUCUUCACCUCUUAUAUUGACCCUCCCUGUACAGCCAAUACGUUCUUCUGCCACAGCAACAUGUGUAUUAACAACACCCUGGUGUGCAAUGGGAUUCAGAACUGUGUCUAUCCAUGGGAUGAAAAUCACUGCAAAGAGAACCGUUCCAAGGGACUUUUCCAUCAGAUUACUAAGACCCACGGCACUGUUAUUGGAGUUUCUUCAGGCAUAGUUCUUGUUCUUCUUAUUAUUUCCAUUUUGGUCCAAAUGAAGCAGCCCAGAAAAAAGGUUGUGGCUCGGCGACCUGGUGUCUUCAACAAGGCUGGAUUCCAGGAGGUGUUCGACCCACCACACUACGAGCUCUUCUCUCUUCGUGAUAAGGAGAUGUCCUCAGACUUAGGCGACCUCUCCGAGGAGUUGGACAGCUUCCAUAAGGUGCGUCGCUCCUCCACCAUGUCCCGCUGUGUCCACGAGCACCAUUGUGGAUCCCAAGGCUCUGUGGCUGCUGCUGGCGGCAGCAUGAAGCACAGCAGAACCACCCUGAGCUCCAUGGAGCUGUCCUACCACAACGACUUCUCCAAGCCGCCUCCCAUGAAGACUUUCAACUCCAGUUCCACCUACAAGAAGAGCUGCUACGGCUACAAGCAGCACUCACAGACUCAUGACUGCGACCAGCAGGUCAUCGAGGACCGUGUAACUGAGGAGAUUCCGUGCGAGAUUUAUGGCCGUGGCGCGGUGGGACUGGGAGGAGGACCAACUGGUGGAGGAGCGAUGGGGGGAGGCGGUGCAUCAGGAAUUGCUGGAGGAGGGAUCGGAGGAGCGGUUGGGAUUACAGGAGGGGUGUCCAUGGCUGGCGGGAUGGGCAUGGUAGGUGGAGUGAGUAUGGCAGGGCCCAGCGGGAUAGCUGGAGGUAUUGGUGCUGGGAUGCCAGGUGCCUGUGGGACCCUCAGUGUUCGUGGCAACAGCGCUCGCAACAGUACCACUAUAGUCGACCCACAGCAGCGCUCCAUCUCCAUGGACUUCUAGAUGCAGAGAGGGAUAUAGGAAAAGCAGACCUUGCAUUUCUUUUAUAGAAUAAAGGCAAAACAAAUGGAAAAAGUCCAUCAUAAACAGACCUCCCCUCCUUCUUCCUACACCUCUCGUCUUCAAGUAACUUUUUGUUUUUUGGGGUUAACACUUGAGGACCUCUCUGAAACUCACAUGAAGCCUUUGGGAGAAUGGAAGAUAGGACAUUAGGUAACAUAAGGAUCGACAAACUACUCAUUUUUUGUUACUGAGGGACUUCACAUGAAGACAACAUAACGACAUUCUGUCUCUUCACUUGUCUUACACUCAUUUAAUCUCUACUUCCUCCUGAGACUUCUUGGAAAACGCCCUUGCAUGCAGACCUAGACUCAGAAGAGAUCUAACCGGACUGAGACAUGCUACAGGCAGACUGUCACAUUUAUUCACCUGCCAUGCACAAAUAUAUGAUAUAUGAUCUAUUGUGCAUCUUCUAAUAAUUUAUUUCCUUUUAUUUGUCGUUUUGGUCAGUGUACCGUACUGUUCAAACCAGAAUAUAUCCAGCCUCAUGGUGAUGCUUGGCUUUUUACUCUAUCAUUUGUUAAAAUUGUUGCUCUGGGGAUUUAUCAGUGGCGCAAAACUGAUUGAUUGAUUAAAUAUAAUAUUUACAAUGUUAUAUCAAUAUAAUAAUGAUGUAGUUUCCAUGGUUACCUCACACAAACAGGGGAUACAUGUCACUCUCUCCUCAGGAUGAGCACAUGAAGAGACUGUCCUGUUUGGUUAAGAAAUGUAGGAGAAGAGAUUACUUCUGGUCUGUGAGGUUACUGAUGUAGGAGGCUUCAGACCAUUAAUGAUCGUAUAUGGAAGAUGAAGUUCUUAGAUGUGAGACUGAGUUUAAAUAGCAACAAUCCUAAACCCUGCAUCUUUAAUAGGAGAAAAUUUCAUUUUUGUCUCUUUCUCCACAACCCGAGUGUGUAAAAUAAGCACAAGCGUUCUCCCUGAGUGACAGAUGUAGCCUGUAUUAGACUCACUUAUGAUUUUAACCACUUGUUGUAUAAUUUUGUUUUGUUGAAUUAAAUGAGAGCUUACUCA